CACCCUGGCUUUUUUCUUCAGUUCUCGUCGUUCUGCUUCACUUACUUGUAAACAAACUAUUGUUUUACGGCGAUUGUACUUUUCUAAAAUCUUAUGGAUGACGGCAAGGAUUCGCUGAGGUAUUCUUCAUCUAAUGAUUUACUAGCGACCUUGAAAAAGAUGCAGACCUUUCGGGCCAAUGGUCAGCUUUGCGAUGUCACUCUGAAGGUUGGAGAGCGAAGGAUUCAUGUUCAUCGUGUUAUAAUGGCCGGAUUUAGUGAUUAUUUCGACGCAAUGUUUAAUGGAGAUAUGGCCGAAAUAAUACAGGAGGAAGUUCACAUACAGAAUGUUGAUCCCGAUGCGCUGGCACUCGUUGUGGACUAUGCAUACACUGGUGAUAUUGACAUACAUGUUAAUAAUGUAGAAAAUUUACUCACCGUUGCCUGUCUACUGCAAGUUGAAACCGUCAAAGAUAAAUGCUGUGAGUUUAUGCAACAACACUUACAUUCUACGAACUGCAUUGGUAUUAGAGCUUUCGCUGAGGGGCACGGUUGCCUGGGUCUUUUCAGCGCUGCUGAUGUUUAUACGAAAGAAAAUUUUCAACAGGUUAUUGAAAGCAAAGAAUUUGAAAUGAUCAAUGGAGAACAAUUGAUUGAGCUCAUAACCAGUGAUGACUUAAAUGUCAAUCGAGAAGAGGCUGUGUUUUAUGCUGUGGAGAGAUGGGUUCAAUUUAACUCCACUAAAAGAAAGGCAUUUGUGAACAAGCUCCUUGAAAACAUUCGAUUUCCUCUAAUGAACUGCAAGUUCUUGGCGGACUAUGUUGAAAAAUCCUCAAUACUUAGCUACAGUGAUUGUGGAAAUGAGCUCCUUUUGGAAGCUAUGAAAUAUCAUUUGUUACCUGAAAGACAUGCACAAAUGCGGAAUAAGCGAACAAGACCAAGAAAGUCGAACGUUGGUCUUUUAUAUGUUGUUGGAGGUGUGGAAUCUUAUCAAGGGAUUGGUAAUCGUAAAGCAAAUAACUCGGAAGCAUCGAAGGGAGCAAUAAGUAUAGAAUGUUACAACCUGCGCCUGGAUGCCUGGUCUCCUGUUGCAACAAUUGCGAAUAAACGCUUGCAGUUUGGCGUUGCGGUCAUCGAAAACAGAUUGUACCUUGUAGGUGGUCGUGAUGGUUUGAAAACAUUGAACACGGUGGAUUGUUUUGAUCCAAGUACGAAAGAAAAGACAGCCGUUACACCUAUGAAUAUUCAUAGACAUGGGUUAGGUGUUGGUGUCCUCGGAGGACCUCUCUAUGCUGUUGGUGGUCAUGAUGGAUGGUCGUAUCUCAACUCAGUGGAGAGAUACGAUCCUCAGACGCGUCAGUGGAGUUUCGUCGCAGCAAUGAGUACUUCAAGGAGUACUGUUGGUGUUGCGGUACUUGAUUUUAAGCUGUAUGCCGUUGGUGGCAGAGACGGUUGCUCGUGCCUAAACUCUGCCGAGGCUUACGAUCCACAUACGAAUAAGUGGACUAUGAUAUCGUCCAUGAGACAUCGCCGUGGAGGUGUUGGUGUGACUGUACUGGAUAGAUAUCUAUAUGCGGUUGGUGGCCACGAUGCUCCACCCAGUCAAGAUACGUCGAGGCAAUUCGAUUCGGUUGAGCGAUAUGAUCCGAAGACCGACGAAUGGACUAUGUUAGCCCCGAUGCUGAACUGUCGGGAUGCAGUUGGAGCUUCAUGGCUUGGCACCUCGAUUUACGCGGUCGGUGGCUACGAUGGGACAAAAUAUUUGAACGAUGUGGAGCGCUAUGAUCCGGUCACGAAUGAGUGGGAACAGGUAAAGGGACUGAAUAUUGGACGUGCAGGCGCAUGCGUAGUAGUCAUACGAAAGCAGUAUGACGUUAUGCAUGUGAAGCCCAGGUGAAGCUUUGUAUUUAAGCAAUGGUGUACAUUUAUGUACAAAAUAACAGAAAAUUGUUCUUGUUUAUGAAGACUUGUAAAUAUGUUGGUUGUGUAUAAAAUUAUUUAUAUAAUACAGUAAAAAAGUAUUGACAUGGCAGAAAACGAAAUUAUGUUUGUUUUUUAUUUUAUUAAAGUACCUUUUUUGAUCCUAAGACA